AUGUGGCCGAUGAUCCUGAAGACCGCUCUGUCCACCAUCCUCCUCUUGGCCAGCGGAGUCUUGCCUAUUAUCACGGCAGCAGCGCAUAGAGCCGUCCACCCACCAUGCAGCCAGGCCUGCGGCACUGGCAUGCCCGCGAACCAGAACCUGAUGUACCCAUUCGGGUUCUCUCCAGGCUGCCCGAUCCAGCUCAAUUGCACCAAGGACGGGGACGCCCUUGUAGGGGAUUUCCUGGUGCAGUCCGCGUCCCCGGACACCGUCAUCAUCACCAUCGAGGCCAAGUGUGACUGCCUGUCCGGGUCCAUCGAGCAGCUCUACGGCAGCAACUACGCCCCGAUGGGGAGCAACGCCAUCCUGCUCAACAAUUGCACGAAGGCCUCCCCCUGCGAUGUGGCCACUACGCAGGUCAUCCAGGCCCAAUUCCGGUCCCUCUGA